ACAAGGACAGUGAGUGAGUGAGUGAGGUAUAAAGAGACGGAGACGCGGGGUUAGAGGAGAGAGUUGGUUCAUGAGAAAUGGCGGACUCUACUAGAAAUCUACAACCCCAAACAUUUACCACGAAUACAGCAGAAGAUUCACCUACUUUUCUUCGACCCCACUGCUCCUCAUUCCCACCUCUCUCAAUUCCCGUUGUUCUUCAACUCCUUCCUCCACUGCUCAAUCAAGAAUCCCCGCAGCUUUUACGCAAAGAUAGAAGCUUUUUUGCUGAUUUUCUUCAUCUUUUUUUCUUCCAUUUUUGGCUUGUUUCAGUAAUUUCGCAGUUAAACAAGAAAAUGGCUGUGGCUGUGGCUAUGGCUUCGGUUUCUGUGGGGAGUAACUUUAGGCUCUACAAGAACUUCAAAGCAAUUGAGAAGGAGCCCAGUUUCAGGGGAGCUCCUUUGAUCAUGCGUUCGUUUGGUUUGGACCAUGUUGAGUUUUCAUGCAUUACUUUCAAGAGAAGCUUGUCAUCUUCCGUGAGUUCAUUUAUGCCAAAAGCGUCAUCUGCUGCAGCCGUGAAGGAUGCGAGUUCAGAGGAGGACGAUGUGAUUCCAACACCCGUUGUUACAAUAGAUCAAGAUUCAGAUCCCGAUGCCACCAUCGUUGAAAUCACCUUUGGUGACCGCCUUGGGGCUCUCUUGGAUACAAUGAAUGCACUGAAGAAUCUGGGACUAACUGUCGUCAAGGGAAACGUCUACCUUGAUUCACAUGGUAAACACAACAAGUUUGCCAUCACUAAGGCUUCUACAGGGAGAAAGGUUGAUGAUCCGGAGUUGCUUGAAGCUAUUCGUUUGACGGUUAUCAACAAUCUGCUCGAGUAUCAUCCGGAGUCGAGCACCCAGUUAGCUAUGGGGGUGGCAUUUGGUGCGAUGCCACCAAGUGAAAAGGUUGAUGUGGAUUUAGCAACUCAUAUCCGUAUCUAUGAUGACGGUCCUGAGCAGAGCUUGCUUUACGUAGAGACGGCUGAUCGUCCUGGCUUACUCGUGGAUCUUGUCAAGAUCAUUACCGACAUAAAUAUAGCUGUUAAGUCAGGAGAGUUUGAUACUGAGGGAUUGUUGGCUAAGGGAAAAUUUCAUGUAAGCUACAAUGGUAAAGCCAUCAUCAGGCCUCUUCAACAGGUUCUUGCAAACAGUUUGCGAUACUUCUUGAGGAGGCCGACGACUGAGGAGGCGAGCUUUUGAUACGUGAAGAAAGUAAGUGAACAUAGUUUGAAGAUGCAUCAUGUCGGGUAUCAUCUGGAAACUGGUUGAGUGAUGCGUUCAAGUACACUUAGCUAUGGUUAUUUUCACUGUAACAAUGUCUAUAGUACACUGCUAUUACCAAUACAAAGAUUAUAAGUUUUCAAGCAUCUUAGUAUAAAAUUGGGUUGGAUUAGAUUAAAUCGAGCUCGAAUUUAUAAUUGAAUAAGCUAAUGGUGUUUGCAUGCAA